CUCUUGGAGCCGGGCAUUCUUCAGUAAUGCACCUAAAAUAGAUAACAUCUGCAACAAUGCCUGUGAAGUCUUCAACUCCAGGAUCAAAGAUGCUAGAGCUAAGCCUAUUAUCACACUCUUGGAAGAAGUCAGAAUGUAUGCAAUGAGGUUGAUAGCUAGGAACAAGGUGAAGCUGAAUUCGAACACUGGAGUUCUACCUCCUAUAUAGCGUAGCAGGUUAGAAAAUAUACGGAAGGAAUCAAAAAAUUGGGUCCCGAUGUGGUCUGGUGACGCAGAUUAUGAGAAGUUUGAAGUACAUGGCUGGCCGACCAACAUGGUUGUGGACUUGGGAAAGAGGCUCUGCACAUGUGGUUUCUGGCAAUUGAGUGGUACUGUUUUUUAAAUUCAUUGUCUUAGUCUUAUUAUCAUUAUCAACCUUUGUUGUAGGCUUACUGUUGUUGUCUUCGUUGUUGUGUGAAUGUUGUUUAGGGAUGCCAUGUGUGCAUGCGUGUGCUGCACUGGCAAAGGCUGGUAAGAGACCGGAGGACUACUGUCACCAGUGGUUGACCAUGGAAGCAUAUAACAACACAUAUGCCUUCCAUAUCAAUCCAAUUCCAGGUCAAGCACUAUGGGAAAAGUCACCAUAUAACAGACCACAAGCACCAAAAUUUAGAAAUAAGUCCGGACCACUCAAGAAAAAAAGAAGAAAAGAUGCUGAUGAGGAGCCAAGUGGGAGUAAGAAGUUAAAGACGAAGAUGAAAAGAAUAUAUAAAAAAGUUCGAUGUCGUUGUUGUGGCGAAGCAGAACACACGAGAAGGAACUGUCCAAAGAGGGCUGCUGCCGAAGAGGCUGCUGCAGCUGCAGAAGCUGCUGCUGCAGAGGCUACCGCUGCAGAGGCUGCCGCUGCACAACCCACUGCUGCUAAUGGUGGUGAAGGUCAGGCCAACUCUGCUGCCCCUGUCCCAGAAGCCCCAACCGAAAUCAAUCUUGACCAAAGUCAACCACCCUCGGAAGCAACUGAUGACUCUCAACAGGUUCUACCCUCACCUGUUAGGCCGCCAAAGCUCCCUUUAAAAAGAAAGUUAGCCAAGGGUUGUGAAAAACCAGCUUCAGGAAGUAGCAAUCCACCAGUAACCACCCCACCUGCUGCUACCCCACCAGGAAGUAGUCAUACAUUAAGGAAUCCCCCACCUAACCCUAUGCAAGGUGCAACACAGGGAACUGCUACAAGGCUUGCAAAUUUCAUGAAGUUUGUGCCCAAUCCUGGAUUCAAGGCACCCAGACACAAAAGAUGA